CGAGCACGACUCUGCUCGGUCGGCUCCGGUUCUCUGCUCUUCUCUGCUCUUUCCCCACCUCACCUCACGCGCAGCACAGGGCUGACCUGAUCGAAUCAAUGGCGCGGCGCGAGAGCCAGCGGGCAAGGGCGAGAUAGCCUACGCCUACUUUCCACACCCCCGCCUCUCGCGCCGCACCCCCGCCACUCUACUCCACUCCAUGGACGCGCUCGCUGCACCCACCCGCCGCUCGCGCCGCCUUCUCCUGGCCGCUGCGGCCGCCGCCGCCUCCGGCUACGGGCUCUACCGCCUCUACCUCCACCACCGCCGCCGCGUCGCCGCGGUGCUGUCCCUCGCCGACGCGCUCUCCCAGGUCGGAUCCGACCUCUCCGACUUCCUCCGCUCCGACUCCGACCAGGUCCCCCGCAGCCUCCUCCAGCUCUCCAAGCUCGCCGCCUCCGACCACGUCUCCUCCGUCGCUUCCACCAUCUCCGAGUCCGUCGCCUCCGGGAUCCUCCGCGCGCUCUCUUCCUCCUCCUCCCGCGGAGCAGCCCGGGAUCCUUCUGCCCCGCCGCUCCACGACCGGAUCUUGGACCGCCUCUUUUCCCCCGCCGGCACCGGAUUCGCUUCCGCCGUGCUCGGAAGCUUCGCCAGGAACCUCGUCUUGUUCUCAUGCCACGAUCCCUCCUCCACCCAGCCCCAGGCAGGCCGCGAGCCGGAGUGGCUCGCCGCGCUGUGCAGCGACAGGGGAAAGGAGGCGGCCGCGGAGCUCGUCCGGGUCUUCGUCGCCACCGCCGUCGCGGCCUACCUCGACCGGACCGUGACCGUGCGCUCCUCCGGCCAGGUGCUCGCCGGCAUCACCAACCCCAAGCACGAGGCCAAGCUCAAGGACCUGCUGGUGUCCAUGUGCAAUGGGGCCGUCGAGUCCUAUGUCCGGACCUCACGGCAGGUCGCCAAGGAGGCCUCCAUUUCUAGAAACGAGGACUCCAUGCUUCGAAAGGUGCGCAAUUCAGAUCCCAGCUGCGUGAUGGAGAGAGUGUCGAGCACCCUGGCCAUGCCAAGCAACCGGAGGUUCGUGCUGGAUGUAACGGGCAGGGUCACCGCCGAGACAGUCCGUUCGUUCCUCGAGUUCUCGGCGCAGCGGAUGUCCGAUGGUGCUCGGAAGAGCAUUGUCGUUGCCCGGGAUGAGGUUACCGAGAGGGGCCUCGUCGCCGUGAAGUACCUCAGCACCAAGUCCAUGGCCAUUUUCACCAUUUGCCUUGCAAUGUGCAUGCACAUCUCGGUCGGAAUGAGAUUCCUGUUGCCGGCGUAGGCCUGGCUUUUUGGCUGAAAGCUAGCUUGGGGGAUUCCAGGUGAUCUCGUUCCAUUUGUCCUGAUUGUAGUUGCAGAGUGAAAUUGUGUAGAUUGGAAGUUGAUCCUAUACUACAACUAGGCUUUUGUGUGUUGUUGACACGCAUUAAGAAGUAGAGAUCAGUGAGAUUUGUAGUUGGUUUGUUGUUGGUGAUUGUCUGAUUGGGGCUGUAUAUGUGGUUAAAACAACAAUGGCCAGUUCGGCAAUUGUAGUGUUAAGGUUUGAUGCAACAAGGGUUGUUCUUUCCUAGUAGCUGUCACCAUGUUUUCUUUUGAGGAAGUAGCUGUCGUAUCUCAUUGAUGCUGGCUGGUGAUGUUCUUCAGCAUUCUGUGUUAACGGAUACCAUCUAGGGCAGCAGUAGCAGCAGGAGGAAACAUCUGUGCUUAUGCAGUUAUGCUUGCGCUCUCUUGCUAUGAUUUGUAGAAAAGGGAGAUUGAGAGGAUUGUGCUUGCUGUUUUCUUGCAUUUUUCUGACUAUUUUUUUUUCAUCUCAUUCAAUUUUGUUGAAUGUAAUGCGCCUUGUAAAAGACAGGGAGACUAAUUCAUGAGUCCAUUGAUA